AUGGAUUCAACCAUCAAUCACAUGUUGUAUGCGCGCCAGUCGCAGGGCAGCAAUCGUGAAGGUGGCUCGAAUUCCCUCUCUGGUAUUUUGUCUACCUUGAUCCCAACGCUGAUCAUCGCCGUUGUCGCGUUCUCUGCCUUCCUCUUCGUUCGGUCUCGUUAUUCGCGGGUCUACCGACCGCGAUCGGAUGAAAGGCUCUUCCAGGAGGGAUGGCAAACUCCCAAGUCCGACUCAAGCUUUUUCGGCCUGAUCAAGAACCACUCGACGCUUCCCGACAGCCAUGUGCUCAGACACAACUCGCUUGAUGGAUACCUGUGGCUCCGAUUCUUCAAGGUCCUGAUUGCCAUGUGUCUUGUUGGAUGCAUCAUCACCUGGCCCGUCUUGUUCCCUGUCAAUGCCACUGGCGGCGGUGGUCAACAGCAAUUGGACAUUCUGAGCAUGUCCAAUGUCAAGCAUCCCAAUCGGUACUUUGCUCAUGCGAUAGUCGGAUGUAUCUACCUAGGCUUUGUGGUUCUCUUGCUCGCGCGCGAGCGGAUCAACUUUAUCGGUCUUCGACGAGCAUUCUUCCUUUCGGCUGCUCACGCUCAACGACUCUCAUCACGCACCCUGAUGGUCCUUGGGCUGCCUCUUGAAUAUCAAGAUGAGAAGGCUCUCAAGGAGAUGUUUGGGCCCUACGUUCGCAAGGUCUGGCUCGUGACUGAUUGCAAGAAACUUGAGGACGAUGUCAAGGAACGAAAGAAGACGGGGCUCAAACUCGAAGGCGCCGAGAUGAAGAUGAUCAAAAAUGCAAACAAGCUUCGCAACAAGACCCUCAAGAAGCAGACCAGUGACACGCCAACCGAACAGAAUGCUCUUCAUUGGAUUGAUCCUAAAAAGCGACCCCAGCACCGUCUGAAGCCCCAGUUGUGGAAGAAGGUCGACACCAUCAACUGGUCUCGUGGCACUCUCGUUGAGCUUGAUCGAUUUGUCAAAGAGCAGCAAAGCGAGCAUCUCGACUUGAAGCAUACGAAGUUGCCGGCCGCCUUUAUCGAAUUCUCCAACCAAUCUGCUGCACACCACGCCUACCAAAGCAUCGGCACCGGCUCCUUGAACAAAUUCAAUCCCCGCUACAUCGGUGUUCAACCGGAUGAGGUCGUGUGGAAGAAUCUCAGUGUCAGCAACGCUUCUCGCAAAGCCAAAUUGCUCGUUGCAACGGCUGUCAUCUCCGUCAUGAUCAUCUUCUGGGCCAUUCCUGUUGCCUUUGUGGGCUCAUUGUCCAACAUCAACUAUUUGACCAACAAGGUUCAUUUCCUGAGUUUCAUCAACGACAUUCCCAAGGUCAUCCUCGGUGUCGUCACUGGUCUGCUCCCCGUAGUCCUACUAGCCAUUCUCAUGGCUCUGGUCCCCAUCUUCUGUGCUCUGCUUGCAAAACUGGCUGGAGAAUCCACUCUUUCAGCCAUUGAGCUCCGAACUCAAAGCUGGUACUUUGCCUUCCAAGUGGUGCAGGUCUUUCUGAUUACGACUUUUACUUCUGCGGCCACUUCGGUGACCACCCAAAUCAUCCAGGAUCCUGGCUCCGCACCAACGUUGCUGGCCACCAAUCUGCCCAAGGCAUCUAAUUUCUACAUCAGCUACUUCAUUCUGUUUGGCCUUUCUAACGCAGCCCUACAACUCCUCAACAUAGUACCCCUGUUGAUGUACACCCUGGUCGGCAGACUCCUGGACAGUACUCCUCGAAAGAAGUACAAUCGCUACAUUAGUAUCCCGGGCCUGGGUUGGGGUUCAACCUACCCCAAGUUCACCCUCCUCGGGGUUAUUGCGAUCUCAUACGCCUGCAUCGCACCCUUGAUCCUUGGUUUUGCAACCAUCGGCUUCUGCCUGCUCUAUCUCAUGUUCAGAUACAACUUCCUUUUCGUCAUGGGCAACAAGACCGACCUGAAGGGUGAAGGCUAUUCAAAGGCACUGAAACAUCUGAUGACAGGUGUUUACCUCGCCACGAUUUGCUUGAUCGGUCUGUUCGCCAUCGGCUGCAGCGAUGAUGCCAUCAGUGCCGGUCCGUUGGCCAUUAUGGUUGUGUUCCUUGUGGUGGUGAUCAUUUUCCAGUUCCUGCUUGACCGCGCCCUGUCACCUCUCGAGAAGACGUUGCCAUUGGAGCUGUUGCAAGGCAACAAGUUCAGCACCACUGUCGUCGAACAGAUCAUGGACGAGCACGAGAUGAAGCAAGAUCAAAUGGAAGCCGGAUCAGCCAGUCGUGGCAACUCGGUCCCCGAGUUCGUAAAGUCCGAAGGCGAGGCUCCUCAACCCAAGACCAAACCUUUCAACUUCUUGAGCCGACGUCUUGAGCCUAUGCUCCUCAAAUUCUACGAAGCCAACAAGAGCAUCGUGCCAGCCGAGAAUGACCAUAAUAUUCCGGCGUACACGUCGGAAGAAUAUGAGCAAGCAUAUCUCAACCCGGCCAUCACAUCACCUGCUCCCAUUGUCUGGCUUGCCAAAGAUCCCGCUGGUGUGAGCAAGAUUCUGGUGCAAGAGAACCGAGAAGCUGGCAUUGACAGCACGGAUUCUCAUGCCGAACUCGAUGAGAAGAACAAGCUUGUCUGGAAUGAGGAUGAAGUUCGUGAGGCACCAUUGUGGCAAAGACCUGUACGGUAUUAA